CAUUGUGUGAAAACUAUCGAUGGCGACAAAAAUAACAAAUCCAUCAAAACAUCGACUAUUUAUUCUACAGCUCUAGAAAAGGUGCCAUUAUUUAAAAUUCGGUAGAAAUUUUCCUCCGUUUUUUUAUUGUAGCAAAAAGCUCUUUAGCACUGGUUAAUUUUUACUUUAAGCAAAACAUGAGCUGCAAUUACGCGGAUGGUUUAUCGCCAUAUGAAAACAAAGGCAUUUUAGGUUUACCAGAGUCCCGAAACAGUCGAGAAGAAAUGCGCCGAACUAGUAGAUUGGAUGUUAGCCGGACGUGGACGUAUCGUAGUACAUACAGGCGCAGGUGUAAGCACCAGCGCUGGAAUACCCGAUUUCCGAUUUUGCAGAGGUCCGAAAGGUGUGUGGACAUUGGAGGAAAAAGGUGAAAAACCUACCAUAAAUGUAUCUUUUAACCACGCAAAACCAACAAAAACACAUAUGGCGUUGCGAGCGCUAACACAGCAGGGUUAUGUGCGAUACAUUGUCAGUCAAAACAUCGAUGGAUUGCAUUUGAAGUCGGGGUUAUCACGACAUCUCUUAGCUGAGCUGCACGGCAAUAUGUUUGUGGAUCAAUGCAACAAAUGCAGGCGCCAAUUCGUGCGCAAAACAGCGGCGGAGACCGUAGGUCAAAAGCCUUGUGGCGGCAGGUGUCGCUCCGGUGAGGAUGGACGAGUUCGUGCAUGUCGUGGUGGCUUGCUUUUAGAUAAUGUGCUUGACUGGGAAGCUGAUCUCCCAGAGCGGGACUUAGACAUGGCUCUCAUGCAUUCCACAUUGGCCGCUGUAAAUAUUACAUUGGGCACAACACUUCAAAUCAUACCAAGUGGGAAUUUACCGCUGAAAAAUAAAAAGUAUGGAGGAAAACUCAUUAUUUGUAAUCUACAGCCUACGAAACAUGACAAACAUGCCGAUUUAAGAAUAUCAACCUAUGUAGAUGACAUAUUGGAAAAAGUAUGCAAACGCUUAGGCGUUGAAAUACCGGUUUAUGAUGUGUCUGAAGAUCCCACAAAAGCAUCAGAUGAUCGGAAUUGCGAUUGGACAAUCUCAGCUCAAGCUGUAAAGGAAGUAGAGAAAGAAUAUAAUGCCACUUUGAAGGAGCACAAAAAACAGCGGAAGUCUCUUAGUAAGAGUAAUGACAAAAUUGAAGUAGUGGCAAUUAAGAAGAGUAAGCACUAAAAUGCAUUAUGUGUGUAAAUAAAAGGUGAGGGACCUACAAUUUUACACUCUGAACGGCGGAACGGUCGCGGUUUUGUAUGUUCAAAUUAGCUUUUUUAGUACAGAUAGAUAGAUAGAUAUGAGUAGGGCAAGCACUGCGACCAGUAUACCUCUUGUGCCCUUAGCUUACACAACACUGAAUCCAGCCCCAGAGGCUAUGUAUUUUAGAAUAGAUUACUGGGACAGGGACUGUAUGUGCUUCUCUAUUGGCCAUACAUAUAUGUCCUAAGCACGGGCCACUUCGUAACUAAAACCCGCAGCAUUACUGCAAAGAACUCUUUUAAUUCAUAAACUAUAGUUCUUAGAAUUGUUUUAUUUUCGCAACUUAGUUUCAAUUCGGCAUCUAACCGUAUUUCCGCAUACUGCACAUUUCCAUCAAAUAUAGUUUAGAAAUAAAGAGGACAGUAUUUUGCAGUAAUGCCGCAGCAAUGCAUUUACGAACUGACCCCACCUCUCCCUUCUUCAUAUUUAACAUAUUUAAGCAUUGUUUCGACUUAAACAAAUUUUUCGUAAAUGUUUUAAGUUACAUGUUUUAAACAUAUUUAAACACUUAAUACUUCAUACAUUCGAAAUUAAGGGUAGGUAGAAAACAAAUCCAUCGAGGAACUCACAAAAUAUCUAUUGAAAUUGAUAAUAAUAUUUACCAUUAAAACGAACGUUACAUAAAUAAAACA